CGGAAGAUGACGGGACUCGCCGCAUCUGCGCUUGUGGUGCUGGCCCUGUGGGUGAGCGGUGCGGACGCUGCUGCCUUCCAGGAAAACGGGAGCUUUCGGUGCUCCAAAUUCGGCCGAAGUGCGAGUGUGUGUACCAAGGAGCUAGUCUAUGGCACGGUGGGUGGCUUCGUCCUGCUGCCCUGCACCUUCGCCCUUCGCUCCAACGAGAACCGAGCGCGCGUGCAGUGGAAGAGACCGGACGGGGCGCAGGGCAGGGUGGUCGUGUUCGACGGCGCCAGGAACUUCACGAGGCGACGGUUCAAGGGGCGGCUCUGGCUGGUGGGACGCGCGUCUAGGGGGGAGGCGCACAUCAGCAUCGGCAACCUGAGUGGCGGAGAUGCGAACACCUACUUCUGUGACAUCACGGAGUGGUCCGUAGGUGUAAACUACAGUGGAGAGUACAUUUAUUCCGACCCCCACGGAACCCGCCUGCUCGUCCGAGAUGAAGAGCAGGACGUUGCAGAUCGCCAAGAUGGAGAAACGAUGCCGACCGAUUCCGACAGCAGAGCAGACUUCUGCAAGAGGAGUGCCAUCGCGGUGUCUAUCUGCUCCAUCGCAAUCUUGGUGGUGUCUCUGGCCGUCUCAGCGCAUGUCGUGUUUAGAGAGCGCUACGCCGCAGGUAACAAAAAGGUCCCAGUUUAAAACUUAGUAGUAGUAGGAGGAGGGCUUUCACAACCAAUAUUAUCCCUAAUAGAGGUUAGUUCGGGUUAGAGGUCGUAAAUAUAAAUGUCAUUAAACCCGCCGCCACCACCCGACACGGCAAUUUUGUGAGGUAUUUGUGUCACGUAAACAAAACGUGCCAAUUAGUUCCUAGUUCAGCACUAACCGGUUGUGUGUUGGAGAAUAAACCCACAGCAUCUACAAUUCGUUACUAGUUCAGCACUAAUCGGUUGUGUGUUGAAGAGUAAACCCACUACAACAUUUACAAUUCGAGUAACCGUGACAUUUUUGCCGGUAAUUAAAACAACAAGCAGCAUCAUCAGGCGACAUCCGCAGAGUUGUAGGGAAAUCCCCCUCCUGUUUCGGUCUGAAAUAGAGAGGAUAAAGGUGACGUCGUCACUUGUGAGCCAAUCAGGUGCCAAGACCAGGGGGGGGCGGUAAUGUAUGCAUAUAAAAACCCUUUAAUAUUAUGGACAAUAACCCACUACAAACAUUUGCAAUUCGAGUUACUGUGACAUUUCGCCAGCUGCACCAGUGAAACACCACGGUGCUGGAAUUGUAAAUUUUGGCCAGCGAUUACAACCAAUUAUUUAACUCAUAAUCAACGUUUUUGGGUUAGAUCGCGUUAUUUAUAAAUGUGUCGUAACUCUCCACCACCCGACACGGCCAAUCAGCAAAAAAGUGUCAUGUUGACAAAUGACAAAUAGUUCACUGCUUUAGCCCACCAGUGUGUUGAAGCGUGAAACCACAACAUUUACAAAAAAAUUUGAGUACGACGUUUCGCUGUUAAUUGCAUCCAGCAUCAUCGAGCAAUUCGCCAGAAUAGUGAGGCUCUGCUCUUGCUCUCAGUCUUAAAUAGAGCAGCAGCAGGGUGACGUCAUCAUUUAACUCAUCAGGUGCAACGAUUUGAGGCGGAGGGGGGGGGUUGUAAUUAUAUACUAGAUUAGUAAUCAGGCAAUUGUUACGAUGUGAGUUGUAGAUUAGUAAUCAGUUGUAAUGUGUGUUAUUGUAAUUAUAUGCUACGUUAGUAAUCAGUUAAUUAGUAUUUGUUUCCCCUAUAAGGAAUUAUAAUAUGUAUUAUUUAAUAAUACGCUUCCAGGCCGCACUAAGCCUGUAGCUGUCUGAGCGGUUAAAGUUAUUUCUGUUUCUCUCAAUUUCAAUGGAUUCUCUAAUUAGUCUUUGCUAGUAGUAAUUAGUUUUACACAACACCUCAACGUUAUCAAAAUCAAAUGAGUGUCCCUGUUGGCAAGCAUAUUCUGCCACUGCCGACAAUUGUGUUUGAGAUAGUUUAAUAUUUCUUUGGUGUUCUUUUAGUCUUACACUAAUGUUACGUCCCGUCUGUCCAAUAUAGCAUCUGCCACAUAAACAAUUAAUCCGAUAUACACCUUCUGUUGAUAAUUUAGGUAAUUCGUCUUUAGUGCAAGUUACUAGUUUUUAAAUUUUGUGUACUGUACCAAAUCUUACUGUAAUGUUUUGCUUUUGCAAAACACGGGCUAAUUUGUCAGUUACUUCUGAGAUAUAUGGUAUUAAUUGUUUUAACAAUCUGAUCACUUUCAGCAAUGUUGCUUUGCGAUCGUGAUUUGGCAUUUAGUGCUCUGUUAAUUUUAGCAUUAUUGUAGCCAUUCUGUUUUCGUGCUUCUUUAACAUGUUUAAUCUCUCACUAGACUUUCACCAUCUGACACUGUUUUAGCCCGAUGUAUGAGCGUCUAGAUAAGAGAGGAUUUCUGAGCUGGGUGAUGAUGCGAAUCUUCAUUCAGAUAGGCAUCAGUGUGCUUUUUUUUGUAAACGCUGUGUUAUUUUACCAUUUAGGCCAUGUCCAAGUAAAAUAUCCAGGAACGGGAGUGUGUUAUUCACCUCCAUUUCCAUGGUGAACUGGAUGGCCGGGUUUUGUGCAUUGAGAUAAUCCAUUGAAAUUGAGAGAAACAGAAAUAACUUUAA